UGAAUGCACAGUAUAGCCCUCUCUGUAUACUCCUCGUACGGGGCUAAAAAUAAUCAAAAUUUCAUUUUAUUUGCAAACAAUUUUGUGCUUCGUGCACCAGCAGAGAGCUGAAUUCGUCACAAUUAUAUGAUGAGCUAAUGUUAUACAGUUUGUAUACACAAAUGAAUGAACAUUUUCAUAAUAAACUCGAGCGCCAAUCGAAAUAUAAUUUUAAUUUUCAUUUGUUUUGGCGCACCAGCAAAAGGAAAAUCGAGCGAGAACAAAAAAGAAUCGACUCCGAUCAAGCAGACAGACACAGUUUGGUUGUAAAACUCGGAUCGGAAGCGUCGAUUUUCUAUAUAUUCCCGAAAGAAAAAUUGUUGCUCCGAAAAUAAUUUCAUUUUUUUUUUAAAUUGGCGUUCUCUUACACGCGUCGGUGUUCGUUUUGGAAUUAAAUUUUACGAUAGAAACAAAGUGUCUGGACUGGUCGCAGGUUUCAAAAAGAAAAUAUUCAAAUUACGCUAAUUUGAACAAAUUGAUCAGCUGAAAGAUUGAUCAUGAUUUAUGUGGAUGAGAGUGAUCCCGUCGGAGAAAUUGAAGCAAGCUUUCCAUAUAAAGAGGUCACUAUUCGGCAUGGCGAAGAUCCACGAGCUUAUUACGACAUAUCAGCUGAAGAAUUGGGACGCGGAACAUAUGGCACCGUAUACUUAUGCAAAGACAAAUCAACCUCGUUACAAUUAGCAGCAAAAUUCGUAUCAUGUCCACAUAAAUCUGAUCGAGUAAAUAUGGAGCGUGAAAUAGAUAUCAUGAGCGGAUUGCAUCAUCAUUUAAUCAUUCAACUGUACGAUGCUUUCGAUGAUGGUAAAGUAAUCACAUGCAUAUUAGAGCUAAUUCAAGGUGGUGAAUUGUUUGAACGAGUGAUCGAAGAGGACUAUGUGUUAACGGAAAAGGCGUGCACGGUGUUCAUGAGACAAAUAUGCGAAGCUGUUGAAUUCAUUCACAGCAGACACAUUUUACAUUUGGACUUAAAACCGGAAAAUGUUUUAUGCCUUACAAAAACCGGCAACCGAAUAAAAAUCAUUGACUUUGGAAUGGCCAGACGUUACGAUCCGAACAAAAAAUUGCAAAUUUUGUUUGGCACUCCGGAAUUCGUAGCGCCCGAAAUUGUUAACUUUGAUACGAUAGGAUAUUACACGGACAUGUGGUCCAUUGGCGUUAUUUGCUAUGUUCUACUUUCUGGACUCUCGCCGUUUAUGGGCGAUACAGACAUGGAUACCAUGGCAAAUGUAACUGUCGGCAAAUUUAGCUUCAAAGAUGACGCUUUCAAUGAUGUGUCGGAAAAUGCUAAAAAUUUCAUACGAUCUCUGCUAGUCAAAGAUGGAGUUCAAAGGAUGUCCGCAUCUGAUGCAUUGCAGCAUCCAUGGCUGAUACAUUCAGCGUUGAAUACAGAAUUGUCGGUUACGAAAACCAAACUGAAACGAUAUGUAAUUAAGAAGCGAUGGGUGAAGGCUGUUAAUACGAUUAUCGCGUUGAAACGUAUGGGCGCUAAGCUCGAUUUGACAUUGGUGUAGCGCCGGAAACGAAAGUUGUUUCACCGCACAAAUUAAUUAUUUAAAUAAAAAUGAAUAUGUCGCCACAGUU